UGUGCAAUUUUAUGACUAUUUAUAUAUUAAAACUUAAAAGUAAUGUCUAAUAAGGCAAAAUUAUGCAGAACUUGCCUAACAUCAAUUGAGUCUGUACAAUAUUGCUUGUUUGACAAUGUUUCUCCAGAUAUGUAUUGGUUUUGUACGUCCAUUCAGGUAAAACCAGAGGACACAAUCUCAAAAGCUGUGUGCAAGACUUGUUUUGAAAAACUUACAACUUUUUAUGAAUUUAAAAAUGCGUGCAUACAAUCGUAUAAGACGUUAGUAGGCUAUGAGGAAAACGUUAAUAAUCUGUUAACUAAUGAUACUAAUCCUAAGAAAGCACUUUCUAAUACAGUAAAGGAAGAGAGUUUUGGAGAUUCAGUUUACAAUGAUGUUAAGCCACAUUUCAACGACUCUGAAGACAGUGAAGACAAUAGCAACUCUGUGUUUGCUGAACCUCUCGAAGAAAAUGAAAACAUCACUCAUAAAAGAGUGAAAAUCAAAGAGGACAAAACAGAAGCAUUAACAUGUAACAUUUGCAAUCGUCAUUUUUUAAACCAAAAGAGACUGAGCGCACAUAAAUUGGUACAUAAAAACAAAAAGGUACAAAAAACCCUACACUGUGUACCUUGCAACAAGAAGUUUCUAACCCGUUGCGGGCUACAACGUCACAAUGCAAAUUGGCACCAGCGUUCGCGUCUAUCCGCAGCGGCGUGCGGCGCGUGCGGCAAAGUCGUGCGGAGCGUCGACACUUUGCGUGCACACGUCAAGUUGCAUGCGCACAGACAGCCGCACAUAUGUAGCAUAUGCGGGAAAGCGUACUCGUCGAGUUUUGGAUUGAAGAUACACCUCGAAAUCCACCAAGAGAACAGAGAACGGCAAUGCACCUGUGAAUAUUGUGGCAAGAAGUUCUUCACUAAGAAGACUUUGAGUGGCCACGUCUCUCGCUGCCACACUGGCAAACGGUACAUCUGCCAAAUAUGCAACUUUCCCUUCACAGACAAGCACAAUCUAGCCAAACAUAUACAACUGCACGAAGGCAAAAGAUUGUAUAAAUGUAAAGUGUGCGAGAAAUCUUUCACAACAAACUUCGGAUUUGAAGAACAUCAAAGAAUACAUUCAGGUGAAAGACCAUUCAGUUGUACUUAUUGUCCAAAGAGUUUUUUGUCUAAAAAGAGGCUGAAUGAACACAACCGUAUACAUACAGGUGAGAAACCGUAUAAGUGUAGUGUAUGUGCACGAGGCUUUACACAGAAGGGCACCAUGAAGAGGCAUAUGAAGAUACAUGAUAAGAUUCCUGUGAUAUAAUGUAUAAUUAAGACUUUAAAGGCCAUAUUCAGAGACAUUAACCUAUCAAGUACCAACUCCCAAGCGGUCGAUUUCGACCGCGAUAACAAUAGAUUUCCAAGAAU